AUGGCGUCUACUACGUCAAUUGAAAAUGAGGAGACUGAGGCACCUAACAAUUCGACGACGGAAGAUGAAUCGGGCACCACUAACGAUUUUCAUCUAGACGAGGAGGAAGAACUGCAGAGAAAGUACUUAAACAUGAUAAAAAUGUGUGAUGUGUCGGCAGUCCAAAGACUAUUGGAGAAUAACAGUGGCUUUGACCUGAAUUGCAAAAAUUACCAGGGCAUAACGGGCUUGAAUUUGGCCAUUGAAGUCAACUGCGAGCCGAUGAUCGAUCUUCUAUUGUCAUGGCCCGAUCUCGAAAUUGGAGACUCUCUAAUGCGUGCUAUCCGUCACAAUUAUUAUCCAAUCGUAAUCAAGCUCUUAGACAUCAUCCAAGUGAAAAGUCCGGAAAGCGCCGAGUUGGGUUACGAGCAUUCCACCGAGUUUCCACAGUACCUCACGCCGAUCAUGUUAGCAGCCCAGUGCGGUCACCACCAAAUCAUCAGCCUGUUACUAGAACGAGGCCACAAAAUACCUACACCACACAAAGCUCGAUGUGUGUGCAAAGAGGUGUGCAAGUCGUUAGCCCAACUCAACAAUGGCCUUGAGGCGUCUGAACUGAAAUUGUCGGUGUUCCGGGCUCUGGCCAAUCCGUUUUACAUCUACCUGACGUCUUCUGACCCUAUCCUGACCUCAUUCCAGCUAAGCAAGCAGCUCUUGGAGCACGGAAACGUGAACCGGCUGUUCAAGUCUGACUAUGAAUCGUUGAACCUGCAGACCCGGGUUUUCGCCGUCGACCUAAUCGGGCUGUGCCGAACUUCGCGUGAGGUGAAGCUGAUACUGACCCGGAAGGAGGGCUGCAACUUCUUCGGGUCAUUCCCGUAUCACCGGCUGGUGAUGGCCAUGGACCUGAAGCAGAAAGAGUUUGUGGCACACGGCAGCGUGCAGCAGAUCCUGGAAGUGGCGUGGGCGGGCAACUGGUACGUGUGGAAAGAUCGCUGGUCAAAUACAUCGGCCUGGGCCGUGCUGUUUCGAGUGCCACUUCUUCUGUGGAUUUUCCUCCUGUACCUGUUCGCACCGUAUUCGACGAACAGCGAGUACUACUCACUGCCCGUGAACAGGAUGAUCAACUAUCUGGCGUCUUAUGCCGUGUUUCUGGUGGUGCUGACGUGGGCCAACAACUUGGAAAAGCCAGUGACCGAUUGCCUUGACGACAAUUUGAGCCUGGUGCUCAAAGUUAUCAUCGUGGUGUACGCAGUAACGUUCGUGUUGCGCACCAUGAAGCUGGUCAUGGUGCAAGGUCCUUGGCGGUUCUUCAGAAUGUUGUGGAACAUCUACGACUGCGUCAAACUGUGCAUGUUAGCCGCCACAAUCGUGUGCUGGUGGGUUUCGUACUUGAACCCACGCAACCCACCCGUCGAGCGUAAAUACUGGACAUCGUUACAUCCAACACUGGUCGGCGAGGGCCUUCUGGCCAUAGUCACGGUCAUGUCGUACCUCAGGCUGCUGUUUCUGUGCCAGCUCAGCUACUCGCUGGGCCCACUGCAGGUGUCCCUGGGAAAAAUGACCACAGACUUUGCCAGGCUCGCCGCCGUGUUCGGCAUAAUCAUAGUGGCGUUCACCGCGGGACUUUGCCGAUUUUACCAGUACUACGCGGGCAUGACGCGCGUCGACCCGGUCACUGGUUAUGAGACCAAGCAGGACGAGUCGUUCAUAAACGUAUACUCAACGCUCAAGACACUCUUCUGGGGCGUGUUCUGUAUGACAUCGUCCACGGCCGGCACGGUGGUUAUCGAGAACCCGCCAGCCGAAGAAGGCGAGGAAGCGUCACCCGUCAACAACCACUACAUCACACAGGCCGUGGGCACGCUUCUCUAUUCCGUGUUCCAGACCCUGUCCGUGAUCGUCACGCUAAACAUGCUCAUCGCCACCAUGACCAACACCUUCCAGCGGGUCACCGGCAACUCAUACGUGGAAUGGGUGUUUGGCCGUACAGAGGUGUUCCUGUCAUUCUCAAUGCACAGCGACCUGCCACCGCCCCUCAACAUAGUGCCAACUAUCCGCUGCAUGGGGGACCUUUUUAAGUGGCUGGCCAGCUGCUGCAAGGCCAGCUCCAUGGGCUUUAUCAACAUGGUAUCGUCAAAGAAAUAUCAUGCAGACCCCUUUUCCGAGGAUGAAGCUUUCCGUAAGCUGAUGGUUAAGCUCAGUCGACGGUACUUGAGACACAGGCAGCGACCAGCUGACUCAAAAAAAUGCUCUACGGCCUGCAAUUGA